AGAAAGAACUAACAAACCCAGAGAGAGAGAGAGAGAGAGACUGAGAGUGGAAUGAAUAAAUAAAUAAUAUCUAAACCCUGGAGAACAAGCAGAGGGGACAUGAUCAGGGAAACGACAGUUCUAGGGCUAGCGUCUGAAGCUGCUGUGCAACUUUCUGGUACCGAGGAAGAGGGGCAUGCUGGGAUACAGGCAGACAAUGCCACUGCAGACAAGGACUCCCCUGUCGCAGUGUUGCAGCUGCAGCAUGGUGCUCCAGUGCAGCAGGGGGAACUACAGGAGCUGCAGCACCAGGGAGCCUCAGUAGAGGGGCUACAGCAGCACCAGGGGCCUCCAGUGCAGCAGGGGGCGCUACAGGAGCUGAUGCAGGAGCAGCCGGUGGAAGUGUUGCAGAGUCAGGAGCAGCUGGUCCAGCAGGGGGAGCCAGUGCAGGAGAGGGGGAGGGCUGGAGAGCAGGACGCUAUGUUUGAGACACUCUGCUCUGAGCUGCUCUCCGCGAUCAGCCUUCUCAACACCAGCAUGAGCGAGAUCCUGGACUUGAAGGAGGAGUUGUUAAGCCACACCCUCCCUGGCAGCCUCCUCAUCCGAUUGGCUGUCGCCACCGGGCGGCUGUUCCGCAGUUGCUGUGAUGUGUUCACCCCGGGCUCAGAGCUGGUAAGGCUAGUUCGCCGCUACAGCGCCCCCUGGGAGCAGAGCAGAGAGGUCCUCCAGAAACUGCACGCUCACACAGACAGGAGUCAGGGUUUGCUCUCAGUGGCUGUGCGCAGACUCCAGUUACUCGACGCCAAUUCUCGCAGGACUCAUCAGCAGCAGCGAGUUCAGGACUGGGAGCGUCUCUUUGCCAAGCUCAUGAGCUCCAAAACGGUUGGGGGUAGGUGGAGGUUUCGUUUGGACAGCCUGAAGCAGAGAGACCUGGAGGGUCGGCUUCUGGACUCCAGGCCUCCUCACAGUGCCCCUGUGUGGCCAGAGAGGGGCGGUGCAGAGACACAGGAAGCAGCAGACGGUCUAACAGACAGAGAGGAGCCUGGCUCAGACAGUGACAGGGAGGGUCGCGUGUCGGACGAGGCGGACUCGGAUGUGGACUCAGAGCACCCCCUGCUCAGGGAGACAGUGGACAUGGGGACACAGACAGACAGGGGGACAGAGGACACAGAGUCGCAGACAGACAGAGGGACAGAGGAGACGGAGACGCAGACAGACAGAGGGACAGAAGACAGACAGACCUGGACCGGGGACCCCCAGCUUCACAGGUCCCUGUGUGUGGGAGUCAGUGCAGUGACUGGUUCUGGUUCCAGUUGUGAGUCUGGCCUCUGGGUUCUCGUCUCGUAUGGCGGGCAGCAGCAGCGGAUGUGUGUCUCUGGUUCUGGUGUCGGACCGGGUCGGAAACACGUGCGGAUCUCAGAGGGAGAGCCUGCCCCCCCCGCGGGGGUCUCAUCAGUUGCCCCCCCCUCUGGAAUCCUGAGGACAUCCCCUCCAAAACAAGACCCCGCCCCCGGAGCAGCUGGGGAGGAGGAGCUGAGAUUCCAAGAGGAGGCGUGUUCAAGAACCCUGGGCGUGUCACUGUAUCGCCAUGACGACAGUCUGAUAGGGGAGGGGUGUGUCAGCCUCCCUCAGGACGUCCCCUCAGUGCGGGGCUCUGUUUUGGGGAGCCCGCAGUGUCACAGUGUGUCUGUACCCCUCUUCUCUGGCCAGGCUCCGCAGCUCUCAGCGUCCCUGACCCUCAGCCUACGCUGGCUGGAGGAGGAGCUGCCUCGCUGGGCUCACCGCACUACUCAAGCCUGGAGUCUGGCGGAGGUGUUGCUGCAGGCCACAGGGGUGGAUCUCAGUGAGCUGAGCCCUGAGGAGCUGCUGCAGCGUCUACAGAGGCCUGCGCUGAGUGAAGCCUGCACCUCGCCUAUUGCCUGGCCCAGGCAGGAGCCCCAGCUUUGGGACAGCAGCACUGCCCCUGUGGCCUCCCUGCUGACGGGACCGGAGCUCCAGGAUGCCUGCUGCUCAGCCCUCUCCCCCCAGCUAGGGCUGGAGCAGGCACUGGCUCACUGUGUCAGGGAGCUGGAUCAGGUUAAAGAAGAGCACAGCCGGGCGAUCGCAGAACUGAAGGAGAGACAUCGGAGACAGGUGUGCAGUCUGCUGGAGAGGGAGGAGCUCGCUGGGAUAGAUCCCGCCUCCAGCCCCGCCCCUCAGACAGGUUUGGACCCGGAUGAAGGUUCUGGAUAAGAAGGCCCUGCAGAAUUGGGACCCGCGCGGCCCAGCGAGUUCACAGAGAGACAGGCCGGGCCUCGAGAGAUUGCUGUCAGAACAGAGGAGACUGAAACUGAGACCUGAGAACACAGAGAGAAAGACAGAGAGAGAGCAGGACACAGAGCUCAUCCUGCCUGCUAUCUUCAUGCCCUUGAACCCGGUUCAAGUCUCCUCUCAAGAAGGAGCGGUUCGUGCUGCGCUCCCUGCACCAGCACCGGCCCUCCCUUUCUAGGAACGGAGUGUCAGUUCUGAGCCUGCCGGAGCCGACGGUGAUGCUGCCCAAUAGGGAGCUGCGACAGAGGACAGCCUCGCCCACCAGAGAGGACCACACCCACAAGAGGAGGGACACUGGGAGGCCACACCCCCAAGAGCAGUCUGCUGGGCUAUGCCAUGGGCAGCAGUGUGGAGUAGUGGUUAGGGCUCUGGACUCUUGACCGGAGGGUUGUGGGUUCAAUCCCAGGUGGGGGGACACUGCUGCUGUACCCUUGAGCAAGGUACUUUACCUAGAUUGCUCCAGUAAAAACCCAACUGUAUAAAUGGGUAAUUGUAUGUAAAAAAUAAUGUGAUGUCUUGUAACAAUUGUAAGUCGCCCUGGAUAAGGGCAUCUGCUAAGAAAUAAAUAAUAAUAAUAAUAAUAAUAAUAAUAAUAUUAAUAAUAAGUACAAACAGCAUUACCUAAAAACAAAGAAAGCACAGUAAAGUAGAUUUUCGAUCUGUCGUUCUUACCUGCUGUUUGCUGAAAUCUCCAACCUGCUUUAUUUUUGUAAUAUCUAAUUUUCAGUGGUUUGAAGCACAGUAGCGUUUGGCACACACAAUCCCACACUAAAACACUAUGUGUGUGCGUGUGUGUCAGCCUGUGUGUGCGCGCGCGCGUGCGUCAGUGUGUGUGUGUGCGCGUGUCAGUGUGUGUGCGUGCGUAUAUCAUUUUAAAAGGGAACUGCUGUGUACCAUAAGGUGCAGAAUCAAAUAGAAACGGUCAUGCAGGUACACAGAAACUGAGCAUUCACACUUUUAUUAAAUCUCUAAUACAAUGACACAUGUAAGACAUUCUGCUUGAGUUCAUGGCUUUCUGUUUCUUUACACAGAAACACAUAUUUCUGGAUUUCGUCUUUGUGCAGGCUCACAAUGUUAUUAAACAGGCAGGACAGAUGCACGCUGCACUGCGUAUUGUUAAUGUGUUUUUCCCGCAUCUGUAAUAAAUCAUUUUCAUUUUGGUAAA